GUUUCUGCAGAAUUUUUCGACGAAAUACUCGUCCUUUUGUAGCAGUGGUAUAAUUUUGUUAAAUCCAGAUGGCAGUAAAUUAUCUAUCAUCCGUGCAAUAAUCAUCGAUUAUAGAUCAAUUUUUUCAACAUUAUGCCGUCGUAAACCUAAUGAUAAACCUGGCCGAAUUCGUUACGUGCCCAGAAAUUGGCGAGCAUGCUGUCUCUUGCCCGCCGCGCCGGCUACGGUCUUUAUGGCGAUGCACCAGAGGAGCAGGAUGUCAACAAAGUUGUGGAUAGCACCAUCCGACGUGGUACCAUAAUAGACGCAGCUAAUUUGCGUGCACGACAGCGACAGGAAAGAAGGAGGCAUACUAGAUCUGAUGCAGGCCGUGGGUGUGAAGCAAAGGUUUUUAGGAGAAAACGAAGGAGAGACGAUAAAGCUUUUUCAGAUGGUGGAAAGCGAGGAGGAGGAGGAGGAGGAGGGGCAAAUGCCUUGAGAAGGGGACUUUGCAGCAAUUGGCCUAUGCUCUUUCUCCACCUCAUGUGCUUGCAACUAAUCUACGAUCUUCUUUUCACAUCAACAACAUCAAAAACACCUUCUUCUACUCCUACGUCUUCGUCCACAACAACUUUCACUUUCCCCACCACAGCUUUCCGCUCCACUCCUAGCACUACUUCUAGUACUCUCUUCGCAGCAGCCCAAGGUGUGAAAGUUGAGUUUGCACACGAUUUCGCUUUGAAGCCUUCGAUGGGGUAUCUACGCAAGUGCUAUGAGGUGGUCAUCGAGGAGCAUGGAUGGAACCUAGAGCGCAUAGUGGAUGUAAGCCAGUAUCACGGGGAUCCACCGCCAACGCAUGUCCAGGUUAUCAAGGGCCAAGAUAGGGAUUUUCCCCACUUGAAUGGGCUGAACUUGAAGGGUGGAGGUUUUAGUACAACAGGACCGUCGGAUAGUGGAGAUGGUGUUGAGUUUGAAGGAGCUUACCAUCAAGGAAGUGGAGGUGAGCAACUGUUACCUAGCCAUAUUCAAGAACUGAUGCUGGAGCAGCUGCGACAACGUGGAGAAAACAGCCUUUCUGAAAGCAGUAGGAGAAUAUGGACCAACACAACAGUGCUAGGUGAAGGGCGUUUAGAAUUGAAGAGGGAGAUACUGGCGUCGACAGUGUUGGAUGAAGCGUUGCUAAGGGAAGCUAAGAAAGCUAACGGAGAAGGAAGUGUGAAUGGAGAUGAACCAAGAGAACAAGAACAGGGAGACCCACCUCCAUCAAGAAGAAGUACAACAAUAGUACUCCCAUCUUCAGCAUCUGGAACAAGCAGCUCUGCCUCCGAAGAAGAAAAACCACCCAGUGGCGCAGCAGAGCCUCGAAAAUUGAUUCGGGACGUCUACGUUCCACCCAAAGUUCCUCCAGCUUUAACGUUCGGUGAAGACCAUGCAGCACCGCAACGAACGGCCAGUUCGAGUGAGGAUGCUCGCAGAAGUGAAGUUUUGUAUCCAACCAAACCUAUGGAUGACGUCCCAUGGCCCUAUCGACAGGAUAUUAGACGAAUGCUUGAGAAUGGUCGCCCAAGGGCUACGUCUGCGUCAGCGAGACGAGGAAAGCGAGAACAAGACAGACAUGCUGACUCGGAAGAUAGUGAAGAUAUAAUUAGUAGCCAAGACCCUCUGCGUCCCCGUGAGUCCUUCUUCGAUGAAUCUCCGCAUUCGCGUGGUAUAUGUUGCGAAGAUUUGAACAACUGUUGCGAUGGAACGAUACCUGGUUCGUUGCCUCUAUUAAGGCUGCUACCGCUCUUGCAUCCUCAGCACCAUCCGUGGCCCUUUUUCUGCUUGAAAAAGAAGCCAGGGAGGCUCUCAGGGAUGCGAGCGCGGUAGCUCUAACUCCAGCGACGUGGAACCACAUUAGAGCAUUUCAUGACACCUACCACGUUCGCGAACUGCUGGAUUCGACGCCUCGCAUGUUGGAGAGACAUUACUUAUGAGAAGAGUAAGAGAGGUCACUUUAUCACAAUUUUAAGAAAUAGAAAUUUCAAUUUGAUUAUACAACCAAAUAACGCCAUACUAAUAUUUCUGUACUUAUCUAUCCUUUACCUACUAUCCUUUUUCUUUUCCUAGUUACCUUGGCUCCACCCAUAUUAUACAACCAAAUAACACCAUAGGCAAAACACAACAAAAAGUGUCCUCUUCGCAGCAAAGCAGCCUCUCCAUCCUGUGUUCAGGAUUUUUUUCAUCUCAAAUGUGAAAAUAUUUUUUUCGACUAUCUAAGGUUAACAAGCUGACUAUAGCCACUAUUGUUCUUGAUGUAAUUAGAUUCAAAUAGGUCUCUCUAUUGUAGACUUUCUAGAAUGUUAGUGUCCCUGAAAGGUAGUACACGUAGUAGGACAUCUACAUUGAUAUGUUCAACGAAAAAAUCUCGUAUUCCCACGUUCUCUAAUUCCCACGUUCUACAAUUUGAUGAGCAAGCAUCCGCAAGGGUGGGGUACGAUCGCUACGCCAGAAAGACUGCUACAGUUGGAGUCUGGACAAGGAAUGUGGUUUGUGGAUUGCAUUUUCGGAGCAUUAACUAUCCUUAAGGCGACAGGGCUUUUUUCACUUCACUGAACCACGCCAGAAGUACUAGGAGGGAAAUCUCAACCGACGAGCCAUUUUUCCGAUUGAUUUCCAAUUACAAAUACGUGAUCGUUAGCAUCUUCUACAAAUACGUGAUCUAGCACGUAAAUGCUCUAAGCCCUUCCUCAACGCCUUACCAGCAGUCGAAUUUGAAGACGGCCUAGUGGUAGCACAACAGAUCUACGUGGCCAGUGCUCAGUUGUUACAGACGUUGGGUGCACAGAGGUUGUUGGCGAAUUGGACAAUACCUCAAGGGCCAGUACUUCGACCGCCAGGUUUCGGCCCAACUGGCGCAGCUCCUUGGGCUGUUCUGCUUGGUUUGGGGAAUUUCAUCGACGUUUCCUCAGAAAAUGGAAGGAGUUGUUUUGGUACGGGCUUGAAAAUAUAUCUGCACGAGACAGGCGAGUACGAACGUGGAGGUUUGUUCUGUAGUGCAGGGCAGUGGGGAGUCGAGGUGAUACUACACCGAUACUUGAUGAACAGCUCGUGUCGCACACAAGAAGCGAAGGAAGCAGAUCUGUUUUUAGUCCCGGAUUAUCGGGCUUGCCACUACCACCUGACCCCUAGACGAGGAGGACAAACCGGCUUGACCACAAGGGCGCACAUUCUGCCGCCGUUGAAUCUCUCGUCAGAGGCCGACGACCCUUACGCAGAGGAAAGAGCCGAUCCACACUCCGUGAUCAUCGUGAACCACUACGACAAAACACGCAAUAUCUCCAACGCUGACGAGCUCUUCACGACGCUGAUCAACAAAUAUUUGGAGCCUUGGUUUAGCCGAAACAGUGGGGCUGACCAUGUCUUCAUAUUCAGCGAUCAAGGCUUCAUCGUGAAUUUCACGCACACUUUUCCGUCUUGGCGCGAGCACAUCCACAACAGCAUCUUCUUGACGACCGAAGCUUUUACCUUAUGGAAGCUGCUUCAUCAUCCGUAUCCCAAAUGGAGACGGAGAGUCAGUCGUCCCGCUGGUAGUCGAGGAGUACUACUAGGGAGGGGAAUCAAUCAAUGAAAGACUGAAGGAUGACGAAGGCUCCUCUCUAAUUACCCCUGGCUAUGGCCCUAGUUGCUACUCCCCGUGGAAAGACUGGACGAUACCUGGACACUUGGAUGAAUACAGGAUAAUGGAACUAAGGAAAUGGAAUUUGCCUUCGGAAGAGCGCACCUUACUGUUUUCCUUCCACGGAAGAACCGGGAAUAACCACAAAUAUUAUCAGAAUGUUAAGGUAAUGAUAUUUUCGCUAUGUGAAGUGGCAUCUAAGUGCCUCUUCUUUGAGAUUGCAAAGGUUGAGACAAGUUGUAUGAAAAUCACUAGAGAAUUGCUGUUUUCUGUUCCCAAUCUAUCCUUGAAUAGUUGAAUUCCAAGUUAUUUGACCACACAACCAGGUUCGUAUCGACAUCGAGAAGUAUUUUAAAGGGAAAGCGAACACCUCAAUCGGCGACUUCAUCCCGAAUUAUUUCGAGGUUAUCGGAAAAAGCCAUUUCUGCCUGAUCCCAGAGGGCACAAGCAGCUGGACUAAUCAUCUUUUUACAAGCUUUUUCGCUGGCUGCAUCCCGAUCAUACUGUCGGAUCGAUUUAUUCUGCCAUUUCAGAACCAUUUGAAUUGGAAGAGGCUGAGCAUUCGAUGGCCUCAGGAUUACGUAUCAGAGGAUUUGUACAACUGGGUUGCGGAAUAUGUGACCAACCAUUUUGACGAACUGAAGAGGACCAAAGCGAUGGUCGAUAGCCAUCAAUGCUGGUUUGAUUGGUAAUAGCGUAGUUUACUGAAGUGCUUGUCUAAGUGUGUAUCUGUGUGCUCGGAGGCGGGCGACGAUAGGUGGCGGGCGAGCGCCGACAACGUAUGGGUCCGUCAGGGUUAGCGCGCGGCGCUCACGCGCAGCGCGCUGGCGCAAUACAUUCGACGCCCGGGACGCAGACCUUGGCCGCAUCGCGGAACGCGGCGCCGGCGGUUGGUCUGACGCAAAAAAAGCAGAGCGGCGGCCCCUGCUCAGCUUCCAACUGCCGGACGGUAGCGCCAACAGCAGCAGAAGCCACGCACGAAGCCAGGCGGAGAAACUGGCGCAGUGCGUGAGUCUUUGGCAUUUCCGCGGGCGCGGCCGCGUUCCGUCUUAGCGUGGUGAGACACUGGCCGCGCCCCCUGAUCGAUGGGCGCGGUGCCAAAGCGGCGCCUCCGGUUUUUGGGCGCUCAAGGGCUCGCUUGCGUCGUCUAGGCUUCUAGGCAGGGCACUAGCUUCGCUGUUGGCUGCGAAUGUGUGGCCUCGGGCGGUCCCUCGUUCUCUAAUAUUGAUACGCAGCAGAAGGGCUCCCGGAGUCUCGCCGGCUCGGUUUGCCGCGCCCCCAAUUGGAUGGCGCUCAAGGAGAUGACCGGCAGCUCGUGUGGGGUCUUUCUGAAGUAAUUGCAGGGUGGGCCACUGGGUUGCCGGGCUGCGUGCAAGCUAGUCGAGGGCCAUGGAACCCUCGACGAGCUGGCGAGGAGCCGGGGGGCGGCGGGGCUUUGGCAGCACCCUGACGCGAUGAGGGGAGACCAGCGCCGCUCCCCAUUUGGCAGCGGAGCUACCUACUGCGGUGGGAGAGCGUACUGCAAGGGGGAUGGGUGGCAAGGCUGGCGGCAAUGCCUCCCGGGAGUACCCGCGAAGACACAGCAAGCCCCUAGCGCCACCCUUUCGCGCAGUAUGCACCUAUGAUGGAAGGCAUUUGCGGCGUCCGCGUUUACGGUUUUGACGGCUGAAGGGAUUUAGCUGCCAGCGCUGGCAAAAGCGUUUGGGGCCAGCUUGGCAAACUCAUGAGCGCUGCCCCGCCGUGUUUUCGCCGCAUUUUUUGAGACGUGUCCGCAGCUGAUUUGCGGCCGCGAGUUUGGCAGGCCAUUGGUUGGGGCAGUCUGUCAAAGGGUGUCAGGCGCGAAGGUGAAAACAACGAGGGGCAGCGAACUUGGUGAGAAAGCAGGGGGCGCGGCUUGGCUCAUUCGCGCCGGGCUGAGGAGUAGCUAAAGCGGGUUGCGAUUGAAGACCUUCGAACGGUGUCAGCCUCCUCGACGACUUCGAGCAGAAAAAGGCUCCGAGCAUUUCAGACGGGUUACGCAUGUGGGGUGGCUGCGCAAAGAGUGCCCCGCGGCGGGCUUCAGGCCUGGAGCGUCUUACCACCCCCAGGGGGAGAAUGCCGCGCGCGAGGGGCGGGACUCGCUCGUUGUUUGCUUACCGUGGGAUGGUGGCUAGGCGGGUUGGCUGGCUGACAGACUGACCCGCCUAGCGCGGGGCUUCGGCGCUUUUCGUUCUUCUUUUUUUUGUGUUGUGACACUCGGGCUCCCUCAUCAAUUAUAUCGGCCAAAAAGAGCGCAAGAUCUACUGUCUGCCGAUUGGGUACAGUAUUACUGCUGCUACUUACAUACUUUGCACCAGGUACAAUUUCGACAAUUUGGAUAGUUGCUCGCCUUACAAAGCCAUUUUCACCGACCUUGCGUCAAGACGAGAUGGUGGAAAGGGCUACCGUUUUAAGUUUGGGUGGGUAGGGCACGAAGGUGAUGGUCAGGUCGGACCCCCAUUGCCAUUUGAUGUGUCCAAUGUAGGAUAAAUUUAACGACACUUACAAAGGGACGAGGUGGACCAAAUACAUCUAAAGUCAGAGGAAUGUAUGAGCACGACUAGUCUGCUAGCCUUUCUGCUAGUGAUCAUAGACGCGCCGCGAUGGAAUGGAGCAAGUACUUACAUCAGUCAUUUUUUUCCGCUGAGGUGGAAGGAUAACACAUCGAGAUUUCCCUUAGUACAUGAUUGCGCAAUUGUAGGAACAAGGGCAAACAUAUUAACGCAUGCUCUUUGCUGAUCAGAUUCAACAGACAAUGCUUGCGUAUUAUGGGACCUACAUCUAGCGAAGCUUCUGGGCAUAACAGGAACAUCAAUCAU